UUUCGGGGAUUUUAUCAACGUACUCAAAAAAUAAACGUCAAUCUGAUAAAAAUAAAAUUUUGCGGCUUUGUUGAAACUUGGAUUCUUUGCCAACUUCAUUAUUGUUGCUGAAUUGCGAAUCAACGCUAGUUAAUUUUAAAAUAAUUGUUCAAUAAAUAAACAUCACUGUAAAAACCACUUCGAAAAUGAUGUCUGCCUCGGAACCAGUAGUUUCUCGUGUUUACAUAGGCGGCUUGGGCGAACAGGCGUCCCGACAGGACAUGGAGGAACUUUUCAAAGACUAUGAACCGUAUUCUGAUCUGAAUUUGCUGCGAGGGUACGGCUUUGUACAAUUUCCUUCCGAAGAAGCGGCCCACUUGGCGAUCGAAGGACUUAACGGUAAGAUGUUGAAAGGGCGAAAGUUAACGGUGAAAAUAGCACACGACAACCGUGCAAAAAAAGGUCUUUUGCCGAGAGGAGCCGGUGGACCGGAAGGACAGGCUGGCAUGGUUCGGGAUAGAUCUCCCAUCGACGGGAACCGCUUUGCAGAUGGAUAUCCGCCCCGAGGUGGGUAUCGUGGAAUGUAUCCUGGAAUGGAAAUGGGUGGCUUUUCGGAUCCAAUGAUGCGCAUGCAUCAGCAGGGCCCUCCAGCACAGCCGGAAAGCAAUGAUUGUGAGAUUAUUGUAGUUUCUAGAGAUUUGACAACCUAUGCAGAAAAUAUAGAAUCCAGACUAAAGCGAAAUGGGCUGACAGUGGAUCUUCUGUUCCCAAACGAUGACGUUCCGAUUGGUAAAGUUUUGUCCAAUAUCGCUUCCCGUGGCAGUUACUAUGCCAUACUAAUCACACCGGAAAAUGAGGAACGAAACAGCAUAACGGUGAAUGUUUUGUACGGAGUUCCAGCAGAGCAUCGGAACAUGCCAACUGAUGAUGCAAUCAUGUUCAUUUGCAAGGAUUUCGAGGAUAAGCUUCGUUCGGAACAGGAGAAAACAUCCAAAUACCGGGCCGGCUCGAUGAUGGGUUCAAGCACCAAUAACAGUCAUUUAAUGUACAAUGCACCGCCGCUGCAAGAUAAACAUCCUGAUCCGAUACAAAAUAUGCUCAAUCUUCUUGCUGCCAAUCGGCAACUUACCGUUCUACAGUAUGAUCGAGUCAUAAAAUACCUGAACGAACGCAAGGAAAUGCAGAUCAAAUAUGAGCUCGGCGAAGACUUUGAUUCCGCCGGUGCCAGCAGCUUGAUGGAUACUAAAACUAAAGAGGAAAACGAAAAGUUACUGCAGCGCAAGAUUAUGGACAUUCUCAACAAACCGUCGAUCAUUGCCCCGAAGCCUAAAUUAGUGGAACCGGAAAUUGAAAAGCGAAACGUUUCCAGUGGAUUCUCGUCUUUCGGUGGUAUCACAGUGGCAAUGGCGGCUGCAUCUGCGACGUCCAGUGCGAGUUCGGCAGCCGCGCCCGCCCCAAGAUCGAAUAGCAGUAUUCCGAUUGAUGGCGGUGCUGCGCCGAAACUGCUUCACGAUCCUAAGGUACAGAAAGCACUAGAUUCACUGUUGCUUUCCGGAUUGGGUGGUGGGCUCAAGUUUUAAAGUUUAAUAAACGUAUUAGCCUAGAAAUAAUGAUAUGACACUUAUGUACGAUUGAUCUGUGUUUCCAUAGUUGUGAGCCGUUCCCAUGUAGGCAAUAUUGAGUGGAACUGCCUUGUAAUUCAUUCGAAGCUAUUUGGCAAGCUAGCAACACACAGUUUGCGGUUGACACUAGUGUAUUCAAUAGAAUGAAACCAUUUUAAAUUGAAUCUUAAGGUACGAACAAUGAUGAUUGUAAAAAAGGACGAAAUAGAUAACAAUGUUUUGUACGCUGGAAAAAAUAAACUCAUCAAUUAAUUGAAUUCAACUA